AUGGCGGCGAGCGUCCUUGAUGCGAAGCGCCGCAGCUGUAAGAAUGACACGGUGGUUUUCACUCCAAGACACGACAAGACUGAGCAAGAUCUGUGGUGUGGACCUUUGAGCGGCGCGCAGUGUGUGGGCGGGUCCCGCAGGUGUAAGUGUGGCCCGACCAGGCUAAAGGAUUUCCCUUUCUGUUAUUUCAGUACGGAGCAGCUGGUGGUGAAGAUUCUGAAAGCUCUGGACCUGCCUGCCAAAGACGCCAACGGCUUCUCCGACCCCUACGUCAAGAUCUACCUACUGCCAGACAGGAAGAAGAAGUACCAGACCAAGGUGAGGAGGCUGUUUUCAGAUGUGUUUUAA